AUGUUGGUUGUCUUCAAUCGGCCCCAAGCGCUCAAUGCCAUGACCAGUGAAGCGCAAUAUAAAUUGGAGUCACUUUUUUCCUGGUACGACAGCGAGCCAUCACUUUGCUGCGCCAUAAUCACCGGUGCUAAGACUCGGGCUUUGGAGGUCUUUCACGCCGCCACGGCAAAAAAAUCGGUCAUAGCUGCCAUCAACGGAUUAGUUUUUGGUGGUGGGAUAGGGAUUGUCUCGAAUCUGGACCUCGUGGUCGCUGCUGAGAGCGCGCGGUUUGCACUUCCGGGGGCUGAGCGAGGCGUCGUUGCCAUGGCUGGCUCCUUGCCAAGAAUUGCAAGAACUAUCGGGCGACCAAGAGCCACGGAACUUGCCUUGACUGGGAAGACUAUCACCGCUGCUGAGGCUAGGGAAUGGGGAUUGAUUAAUACUGUGACGAAGGAUGGUGCAGCUGACUGUGCUGUUCUGCAUCGGCUGGUUGUUAGGGCCGCCUUGGGAUAUGCCACGAAUAUCAUCAACAAUAACCCGGACAGCGUGAUUAUCAGUCGGGCGGGUAUCUUAGCUGGCUAUGAAGAUGGGAGCGCGGAGAAUGCUAGUCGUUUGCUGAGAGAGAACAUGGAGUCAAUUUUGAAUGAAGGGGAAAGCCUUCACGAAGGCUUGAAGGCAUUUGCAGAGAAACGGGAGUCUCGUAUCAGCUGGGUUCAGAAGCUGAACAUCGGCGCUGCAGACGCCUUCAAAGCGGCCAAAACAGGAAUCAACCUGUCGCAUGGGCAUCAGCCUGGGUGCACACCAAUGAUGGACGGCUUUGUGAUGCAGAAUUCUAGCUCCUUCAGCCGCUAA